AUGCAGGCUUGGUCCCCAAGCACAAACAUGGCGGACGCAAUGAAGGAUUACGUGUCAAUUUGGUCGACCUGCACGAUCGCUUUCCUACUAAGACUUUGUCUGAUUGUUUAUGGAGAAUGGCAAGAUAAGAACAUGGUUGUUAAGUACACAGAUAUCGAUUACCACGUUUUCACUGACGCUGCUCGCCAUGUCGUCGAAGGGAACUCUCCUUACUUACGACUCACAUAUCGUUAUACUCCUCUCUUAGCCACCCUCUUAACUCCAAACAUCACUCUGCACAUGUGCUUUGGGAAAGUUCUUUUUGCACUGUUCGAUGUUUUAGUUGGAUAUAUGUUGUAUAAGAUCCUUCAUUUACGCGGGUGUUGCGAGAAAAGAGCUGUUUUCGCCUCGUUGUUAUGGCUAUUUAAUCCACUGUCCUUCACAGUUUCAACCCGCGGAAAUGCAGAAUCAAUCUUGGCAUUCCUGGUCCUUGCAAGUAUCUAUUUCGUCCUCAAUAAAAACACUUCGAUGGCCGCCUUUUUCUUUGCCCUUUCUGUACACUUUAAAAUCUAUCCCAUUAUAUAUGGCUUCCCAUUUGUUCUACUUGUGGGAGAUGAUAUUUAUGACUGCAAGAAAUCAAGCGAAGGAACGAGUGACAAUGUGAAAAAAUCUUUAGGUUUUGUUUCUCAAGCCAUGGCGUUUGUGUUCCAUCCUCAAAGGUUUAAGUUUGCUAUGAUUGCUGCGGUAAUCUUUUUAGGAUUAACUGGAGUGUUGUAUCAAAGAUAUGGUUUUGAAUUCCUUGAGCACACUUACCUUUACCAUGUAACAAGACGAGAUGUGAAGCACAACUUUUCUGUGUAUUUUUACAUGAUGUACCUAGUAGAAGGCACCUACUGGUCCCCAGUACUUGGCUUGGCAUCUUUCAUACCACAGCUUGUUCUCGUAGUUGCAUUUGGCAUCCUAUACUACAGGGACAUUCCAUUUUGUUGCUUUGUGCAGACAUUUGCAUUUGUUACCUUUAAUAAAGUGUGCACAUCACAGUAUUUUCUGUGGUAUUUAUGUCUUCUUCCCCUGAUCCUGGAUUCUGUUAACAUCUCACUACAGAAAACAGUUAGUCUAACUCUAGCUUGGUUUGCUGGACAGGCCAUGUGGCUUAUUCCCGCAUACUACUUGGAAUACAAAGGAAUGAAUAAUUUUUUUUACGUGUGGGCUGGUAGUGUCGUGUUCUUUGUUGUUAAUAUUUUGAUUUUAAAUCAGCUUGUUCGACAUUACAAGAAAAAAACCUUGUCAAAGAAAGAAGAAUAAAGCCUAAGUGAGGAAGCAUAAUAAACAGAAGUAUUAAUUCACCACUUGUUA